GACAAGAUUGGCUUCAGAGUUAAUCACCUACUGCUGAGACCUGCAUAAUUUACUUCACAAAGAAUCCGAUGGCAGCAACAGACUCCAGCUCGCAUGACACGCUUAGUCUGGCCUCCCUCAUCGUAUCCAGCUUUACUGGUGAUGAGCUCAGAAAUGGCAAAUACCAUGGACACGGCACGGCUCACUUCUCUUCGGGCAAUACCUAUUGCGGUCCUUUUGCCAAUGGUUAUAUGGAUGGAAGCAAUGGGACGUAUACGUGGGCAGAUGGUGUUCGUUAUGAGGGAGAUUUUCACAAAAACAACUUGAGUGGGGUGGGGUUAUAUGUCUGGAAGAAUGGAUGUCGAUAUGAGGGGCAGGUACUAAAUGGCCUUCGACAUGGCAAGGGAGUUUUUUAUGGUGAGCCUGUAUCAAAAGCUUGGUACAAUGGUGAUUGGAAGGAAGGAAAGGUGCACGGGCAGGGAAAAUUAGUCUACAAUGACUCGGAUACUUCCAGUUACGAAGGUGCUUGGUUAAAUGGCAUGAAGCACGGCCGUGGUCUAAUGCGUUACGCAUCUGGAAAUGUUUACGAUGGCGAAUGGGAACUAAAUGUCAAGAACGGGGUGGGUACAAUGACGUGGAGUGACCGUGGGGAGGAAUAUACGGGUGAAUGGCAAAAUGGAGUUCCAAAUGGAUAUGGAACCUACACGUGGACCAUCAAACUUCACAGGCCGCAUCAAUUUCCUGUACAAAAUCGCUACGAUGGACAAUGGCUGAAUGGUAAGCGCCAUGGUCACGGCAUAUUUCAAUAUGCGAACGGGGCGAGGUAUGAGGGAGAAUGGAUGGAUAACAUGAAGCAUGGUCAAGGUCGUUAUAUAUCAGAAAAUGGUCGGAGUUAUGUCGGUUUAUUUCAAAAUGAUCGACCUGUUGGAGACAUGCCAAAAUACCAGAAUGAUUGCCCUUAUAUGCUCCAAAUUUCCGAUAUAGUCUCCGCAUCCUCACCAACCGCCGAUCUUGGAUCUAGUGAUGACCAACUAAAACAAAUUAAUAAUGUUAUCCUAAGAUAUAUCGGUGAGUUGCGAUCUAUAUAUCAACACUAUACAGCCAUCGGUCGCAAUGCAGAAGAAUUGGCAACAUCAGCGGCCAUGACUCGCGUACAGUUAGUGCGAUUGCUGAAGGACUGCAAGAUUCUAGAAAAAGGCGCAACAUUAGCCGAUAUGGAUAGAGCGUACGCUAUCCAAUUCAAGGACCACCCCUGCUUUGAGCAGAGAGUCAAGCAACCUCAUAAUCCUUCCGAAAUGUUCAUUCUGUACGAUUUCAUUUCCUUCCUUCUUCGAGUAUCUCAUUUGAUUUACAAAGGACGCAACGAUCUCUCUAUACACGACCGUGGAUUGGCUGCAGAAUUGGCAUAUCUAGUCAAAGAAGAUAUUUUGCCAUAUUUGAGACCAGAUGUAGUGGCCGCGAAGGCGGAAAAGAGGGCUGGGGACGGGGAGAUGCAGUUGGAGUUGCUGAUGGAAUUCGAAAAGCAGUACGGUCAUCAGAUCUACGCUUUAUACGCUGAUAAAGCCCGUCACAAGAGUCAUGGUUUUAAAGAGCCAUCCCUACGCGAUGUUACAAUGACAAUCCGAGAGGUUUUACUUAUGAUGAAGGAAUACGGUCUUCUUCACGAAGUACCAACAGGUCCACUAACAAUUGCACGAGUAAUAAGCGUGCUUGCGAAGGAAAUGCCAUAUGUCGAAGAUGGCGGAUACUAUAAUCUGGAGUUUGAGUUGGUGCCAUACGAGGUAUUCGAGCUCAUAUACGCAUGCGCAAUGAUACAACAUGAAGACUACUAUCGGGAUUCGGUUCUUCCUCUCUUGAAUAACACGCACGACUGCCCCAGCACUAGCCCUGAGGUUGACCCAUUGGCUGAAGAAACUAUACAAUCGGCGGUAGCUCAAGCACACGCAGAAGGGACACCUACUGGUGAGGCCAGUAGUGAACCUGGACAAGGCGGAGAGGCAGAUGAAGGAGGUGUCAAUGUUGUUGAGGAGGUUGAAUUCGACGCUCCAGAUCCCCAAGUCGCACUACAUACUCUCAAAUCCCGAAUAUGCGAAAUAUUUAACAGCAUCCUGACCGCACACGACCAAUGGAAACAGCGAAAUGCCAUCAUCGAAAAGAUAACGGAACGUGAGGCAGCGGACAAAGUCUGAACCAGAAAAUCAAAAUCACAAUAGCACAUAGUAAAUACAAAGUCAUUCCCGCUACCCUAGCUUCCUCUUGAAUCUAUUUA